AUGCAUCCUCUGACAACCGGAUUGGUUCCAAUGAAUGAGACAGAUGGAUAUAUUUGCGGUAGUUGGGAGGGCUGGUUAUCCCCCAAAGAACGACAAGCUUUCGUACGUCCGGACAUUCUAUGCCCAACCCAGGAGCCGGAGCCCGACGUUGAGUGGGUGGCUUACUUUGUUCACUCUCGCUGCUGGGAGCUACUUACUCACCACGACUUGGGGACGAUUGCGGAGAAGGACCUGGGCAUAGUUCUCGAUGCUCUCCGAGACAGACAUAAGACUCUCCGAGGCAGACGUAAGAAAACCGGUUACCAACCUAGAUCCUGGUAUUGGAUGUUGUGUCGGGAAGAUCCUGUUCGUACAAAAUGCGUUACAGGAGCCAUUUGUCUAGCACUAAAACACGAAAAGCGAAGGAAAUUGAUGAUGAAACGAAAGGGCCAUUUGGUCACCAGAAAGGCACCACGUCCCAGACCCUGCGUUCUUCCGAUGGAAAUACUUUAUAUGAUUCUUAGAUAUCUUCCAUAUCAGACGAUUGCGAACGUGGAAAAAGGAUUGCGCCUCAAUCUCGGUAAUAGGUUUUGGCGCACUUGGCUCUCUAGCCGAAUGUUCUACGAAGUGAGGGAUAUUGCCAUCGACGAGGUUAAUUGGAAGCGCCUAUCCAUGUUGCUGGAACGACGACUCAAGAAGUCAAACGCUUUGGCCAUCCGACGGUUUUUAUUAGCCUCUCUGGAUAAUGUUAUGAGGUUUGUUAACAUGUAA